UCUAUUUACAACAUGACAACACUGUGACAGAUUUUGUUCUUCCGAGUUUCGACUCACUUUUACUGUUUGAUAUUAUUUUGAAAUGAAGUCAAAACAUUCAUUUGCCUAUUUUCUGUUAUGUUUAAAUGUAUUUUUACUAGAUGUGGUUUGUUUACACAUAAAAGGGACGUGGAACACAAGUACUCAAUAUUACAGAUUCCUUUCCAAGUUCGGCAUUCAGAAAACGGACAAUAAAGAUAAAGCUAACAGUGAAGGAUUUAUUUAUGGAAAUAUUACAACGAAAAACAUAUCUUUAGUAAAGCAUUCACUGACGUUUGUGUUUGUAGAUAGUGAAUAUUUUUUAGAAUACCAUGGAAACAGAACUUCUAACUCGCCAAAUGCAUGUAAUGCGAUGUUUAACAAAAUUGAUCAGAUAGCAUAUGAUAAUCCUUGCAGACAAAAUGGUAAAGAGGAUUUUUUAAGACGAAUACCUUGUCCAAAGGGACUACUUUGUCCAGAUGAAGAUGAACCGAAAAAUCUUAUCCCUGGUUACCAGUUCACCUAUAGAGUUCAAGAUUUGAAAAAUCCUCGAUUCUGGUAUUUAAGUAUGGUAGCUUGUUAUAGGAAUACAACAGCCAACAAUUGUUCAUGGGUUCGUUCAUCUCAGAAUUUAGAACUUGAUUAUGACAUUUGGCUAGUUAAUGGAGAUCCAGCAUCAAAACAUCAGAAUCCAUUUGAACAUCAGUUUUCUUUUGAAGAUCAUGAUAUUGUGGAAAGUUAUGCUGUAUUCUUUGCUUUAUACUUGAUAAUUAUUCCCAUAUGGUUGUAUGCCUAUUUUAAACAGAAACACACAAUCACAAAAAUUUUAACAGCUAGCAUUUGUCUGGAACUGAUAGGAAUAUCAUGCAACUUACUGCAUUGGAUGAUAUUUUCUGCAAAUGGUGUAGGAUUUUAUGUGCUGAGUGUAAUAGGGAAUGCUAUAGAUGUCAUAUCAGAAUGUUUAUUUAUGCUGACACUGUUACUGAUAACCAAAGGAUGGACAAUAACAAGUAUGGAAUUGACUGGAAAACCAAUUGUCUUUUCUAUUUGGGGACUUUACACACUUUUGAAUUGUGUGUUGUUUAUUUGGAAUUUGACUGAAGUUGAUGUGAUAUCAAAUAUAGAUGAAUGGCAGACAUGGCCAGGUUACAUCACACUGAUUUUUAGAUGUUUCAUCAUGGUAUGGUUCAUGGUAGAGUUGCGACAGAUAGUUAAAUACAGUAAACAUCCAGAUCGUCUCUUGUUUCUUCAACAGUUUGGUGCUUAUUUCCUGGUUUGGUUCAUAUACUUGCCAAUCUUGGCUAUCAUCAGUACACAGUUCUCAGCAUUGUGGAAACAUAAAGUCCUUCUAAACAUUAUAAAUGGUGCUGAUUGUUUGUCAUAUAUGGUACUCAUACAUCUGUUGUGGCAUUCUAGGUCCAUUUUGUAUCUUAUCAAAGGAGAUACACCAUUACCUACAUAUGAAUUAGAAAUAACAGGAUUAUUAGAUGAUCAAGAAACUACACCUGGAUUUUUUAAAGGAUCAAAAGCUUUAGAUAUAGAAAUGAAUCAUAACACCAUCCCAAAUAAAGAGAAGAGAAAAGUGGGAAAUGGUCAUCUGAGCUUACCGUUGUUGGAAGAGGAGGAUAAUGAUGAGUUCUGAUAUGUUCCUCAUGUAAUCUUAUAAAUGCUGUCAUGUUUGUCUAGUCUUUUUCUAAUAUUUGUCUUUGCGAUUUGUCAAAUGGUCAUAUUAUGUAUUAUACUUUUAUUGGAUAAGAUCUUGUUGUAGAUACAUAUAUAUACAUAUAUAACAUCAUCAUAUUAUUCCAGAAUGAUCAUAGCCAUUUUCAUGUACAUAUAUGUAAACUGUAGAAGUAUUUUAAAUGCUGGUCAUUCAUUAAUUACACAACCUUGUAAAUAUUGCUAUUCUUCCGACACUAGUCAUUAGGUUUGAUUAUCAUUUAAAGUACUGCCUCUCAUAUAAAAAUCAAGAAAAAAACACCAAAAUUGUCUAAUAAACUUGAGUGUGUAAAUUAAAGGUCAUAUCUCUUGAUAAAAUUGAAAUAGAAUUAGUUAACUUAAAUAAAAAAAUGUUCAAUGCCAAAUUGUUUCUGGUGAAAUAUUUCUUUUAAAUUCAUAUUUACUUGUAGGUGUAAUACCACCAAAUCAUAGUACGUCACAUCCAGUUGCAUACGAAAAAGUGUCGAAAAAAAAUAUUCCCUUGAAUUUGACAGUUGUAGGAAAUUAAUCCUACAUUUCAUUACAGUAAAAAAUUUCUGAGUCAUAAACAUAUAUCUUAGGUGUUUCAAAGCACCAUUAUUUUUUUAUUUGGUGUUUCUAUAGAAUAUUUUGGAAACUUUAGGUUACAUGGUUACUAAAGCUUGUACACAGGUAAAAAAGGGGUGAUAAUUUGAUUGGUUAACUCCCAGUGAUGGUUAUUUUCGUAUAUGCAAUGAAAUGUUACGUGAAAUUUUGUCUAUAGUACUGGACAGAAUAAAACUUUACUUAUGCCAAGUAUUUCUUUAUUUGAAACAAAGAUAAAUUCUGCACAAUUUUUUGUAAAGUGCAAACUUAACAAAGACUAAUGGGGGAAAAUCAAUGGUGGUAUUACACCUGUAUGAUUGUAAUUGUAAAUUUAUUGAUGUUGUAGAUUGAGAGAAUAAGUAUGCAAGAUAUAAAUUCAUUCAUUUACCAUUUAUGCCCAGAUUGAAUUCUCUUAAAAUUGAAUCAAUUGAGAAUUGUUUGUCAUAUUUCUCUAAGAUUGACAGUUAUAUUCUUGAAACUUUAUAAUUAAGAACACGGACAAUGCAGUACAUGUAGUGAUAUAUUAUUAUAAAUGCAUAAUAAUUUUUUAAUACCUUGUAUUUUGAGCAUAGAUUAUCAAAAAUAAUCAAGGUUAAUUUUGAACAAAUAUAGAAAAUUAAUAUUGUGUCUAAAUGUGCUAAAUUGAUUUGAUAGUUUUCCAUAAAGGGUAGUAGCUUUACGUUUAGUUGUAUCAAAUAAAAAUGUUAUUAUCAUUAUUAUUAUUUAGAAUAUAUGUAGGUAUUGUUAGGAAUAAAAUAAAGCAACCCGGUUUACACCGUUCCUUCCAAUUUUGUCUGUAUAGAAUUCUUUUUGUAUUUGUGAUGCUGUUGUGAUAGUUAUAUUUGAUAUCAAAUUUUGCAAAUGGCCAAAAUGAGUGUCAAUUUAGGGUAGAAUUAAAGGAAGAAAAGUACAUUUUUUUAUGCUUUUUGAAUGUUUGUAUGUGAAUAAUAUGUUAUUUAAUAUAUCUGUGAUCAAAUUCCUUUGAACAAUUGUGUGAUUUACUUUAAGUUUUGCACCCAUUUUUACAUCUGUUGCCAAAAAUUAUGAUGUAGUAUUUAUAUGUUUAAUUGAUUUAUCUUGUACAUUAUAUAUUUUGCUUGGAUGUGAUUUUCUUGUUUAUAUUUACAUAUCAUUACAUUUUAAUUAACAAAUAUAGGAUGAACAACUAUUAUAUUCAUAAAAAAUAUUAUACUAAUCACUGUAUAAAUGGAAUCAGCAGAUUAUUUUACCAAUUCCAGUGUGUUUACAUAUCGUUUUAUUUGAAGUUAGCCACUGUAUACAUCAAUAAAAAAAAUGACAAUGAAUCAAAAGAUUUGAUAUGCUGUGUAGUUAGAUAAAUAAGUUAGAAGUCACAGAAACUGAUAUGUUGGUAAAAUAAUUCUCAUAAAAACAGGGUCGGUAAGAAAACCAUAUAACAUUUAUAUUUUCUUAUUUUACAAAACCUCUAAAAACUAAUUAUAUUUAUUCUCAGGAAAAAAAUCCCUGUGUGAACUGGGCUCCUCACCUUGAACAUUGAAAUUCCUUUCAGAUCCUGAAUAUCUCUAAUUUGAAGUGUGCAUUUUUUAAAUGUCUUUCAUUGCCGUGUGUGCAUAAAAAUCAGAUAGAGAUUUUCUCUUACGUAAGGAAUGAACAAAGAUUCUCUUAUGUCGUUUAUAAGUAUUAAAUAAUAUAUUCUAACUUGAAUGGCUUUCAACAGACUAUAGUAGCAUUGAAUAAAAACUUUAAAAGUUAUAAGAGCACCAAAUUUCUAAUCAUCAUUAGUACUUUUACAGACGUGACAUAUAGUGGUAUUCAAAUUUAAUGCAGCAUGAUAAAUUUAUUAAGAAAGACUGUUACAAUGUGUGAAGUGAACAAAUAUGAGAAUAAAGUAAAUUGAAUUAUAUGAAGUAUUAACAUAUAAAUAUGAUGUAAUAACUGAAUUUUUAAUAGCGUUCUUUCAAUAAAUGUGAACAAAAGACUGGUAAAGAAUUUCAAUUUUUCAACAUCUGGUGGAAAAAAUCCAAUGUUACAUAACUAUUACAUCAUUAGAAAGGUCUAUUAAGGCAAAUGUAUUAAAUAUGAGUCUGCUUUAAACAAAACACAGUUGUAUCAUGCAGACAAACAUAAUUGUACUAAAUAUAGUUACUUUGUUAUGUUAUUUUAAAUUUUAAAUAUCAGAAAAAAAUGUAUCAACAGUCAUUUCAGGGAGGUAAUUUUUUUUUAAAUGACAAGUGUGAGCGACAGCUUCAUUUAAGAGCAGUAUUUACACAUUACCCUGUAAUAUUUUUUCAUCGCUUUAUUUUUUCGACAUCAAAUAUGCUGAAUGACACCUCAUGAAAUUGCUUCUGACAAGAGUCUAAUAAAUUGUUCCUAUACAACUUUGCCCUAAGAAUCAUGGUGCAACAAUCACAUACUUGUGUUUUUUGGUUGCUAUUUCAUUUACAUAUUUCUCAAAGUCUUCUUUAAUUAAUAUUUAACAAAACCAAAUGUAAUUGUAUAGCUUUGCAACAGUGAAAAGACCAGGAUAAAUCUUGCUUAUUUACCUCUCUUAAUUAGUCUGAUAACAGAACUGGAUAAAUCUUGCCAAUUUAGCCAUGUUAAUGAGUCAAACAAAAACUAGAUAAAUGUUGCUAUUUCAGUUGUUUAAAAAUGAGUUAGGUAACAAAAACUAGAUAAAUUGUUCUAUUCAAGCUUUGUCCAAAUCAUCAUACUGCAACAGUCUGUGUACCAUUAAGGAAUCGUACUAACUUUGAUAUUAAGAUCACAAGCAUACUGUUUUACUUAUCAUAGUAUUUGUCAGCAUAUAUUGUACACAGAUUGUCCAUAUGAUGUGUUUAGUUUCCAAAGUUAGUUUUUUACAAGAAAUUUCAUGUACCAAAGGUGUAUAUAUUGUAAAGAUUGUGCUCAAAGUUUUUUUUUAACCAAAUUACAUGUGCACUAUGUGCAUUAAGACACAUCCAGUGUCCUAGUAUUGUGUAGGAGCAUUCUUCACUUAAGUUAAACUUUGUGAUUUGAGACUUUUAAUGAUUGAAUCAGUGAAAAUAUGCAUUCUGUUGAUAGUAUAUGAAAGUAACAUAUCGGUGUAGGCAAUGGCUAUAUUUUUGUUUGUUAAUUAUUAUCUAUUUAUUUAUGAAUUUAAUAUUAUUCUUCACAUAUAUAAUUAUUAUUUUAUAAAUAUUUACUUAUUUCAUGUGUUAUUUAAUUUAAUUGCUAUUUGUCUAGUUUUAGGGUAUUGUCACAUUACACUAUAUUGAAGCGUUUUUGUCUCGCCUUGAUGGAGUUUAAAAGCGAGACAUAGGUAUGCUGUUUCCGGCAGCAGCGGCAGCGGCGUCAACAAUGUAUUAGUUUGUGAUUAGGUCUAGUUUAUUUUCAUGGAGAUUAUUUGGCCCUGCCCCCUCAGUCAUAGUCUAUUGACUUUGAAACUUUUGCUUAGUUUACAUGUAUUAGUUUGUGAUUAGGUCAGUUUAUGGGGAACCACUAGUGGUAAGUCAAAAAUAUUUGGUAUGCAGUGGUAUAAGCAUUGGCAUAUCUCAUUUCCAUGGAGAUUAUUUGGCUCUGCCCCCUUAGUCAUGGUUCAUUGACUUUAAAACUUUUGCUUAGUUUACAUGUUUUAGUUUGUGAUUAGGUCAGCUCAAGGGGAACCACUAGUGGUAAGUCAAUGAUAUUUGGUAUGCAGUUGUAUAAGCAUUGGCAUAUCUCAUUUCCAUGGAGAAUAUUUGGUCCUGCCCCCGCAGUCAUGGUCUAUUGACUUUGAAACUUUUGCUCAGUUUACAUGUAUUAGUUUGUGAUUAGGUCAGUUCAAGGGGAACAAUUAGUGGUAGGCCAAUGUUAAUUGGUAUGCAAUUGUAUAAGCACUAGCACAUCUCAUUUCCAUGGAGAAUAUUUGGUUCCACCCCCUCAGUCAUUGUCUAUUGACUUUGAAACUUUUGCUUAGUUUACAUGUAUUAGUUUGUGAUUAGAUCAGUUUAAGAUGAACUGCUAAUGUUAAGUCAAUGAUGUAUUUGGUAUGCAAAUUUAUUGGCAUUUGCAAGUCUCGGUUCCAUGGAGAUUAUAUAGCCCCACUCCCUCAUCAUGGUUCAUUGACUUUGAAACUUUUACAUAAGUUACAAGUCAAUGUUUGUGUUUAGGUUUGUUGAAAGGGAACGACUUAUGAUAAGUCUAUGGUAUUUGGUAUGCAGUUGUAUUAGCAUUGGCACAUCUCAUUUCCGUGGAGAUUGUUUUGCCAUGUACCUUCAGUCAUGGUUCAUCGACUUUGAAUAUUUGCAUAACUUACAUGUUAAAGUAUUGCUAUUUUAAUUUCAACAUUUGCAUUAUCAAAAGUACAAAAAGGUGAGACAUAUCUCUGUGUUAACAGUUUAUGUUAUUAUGAUAUUGGUUCUGCAUAUAUCACUUAUUUUCUCAAUAGGACUAUGAAAAUAUCAUACUGAUUCUUCACACAACUUUAAUUCAAGGGGUCAUAUUUUUUUUUUGCUGCAUCAAAACAGUUUGACAAAACUUUGACUAUUUAUUGCUUUAUACAUAUUUAAAUUAAGUACCAAUCAUUCUAACCAAAAGUUAUCUAGAUAUUUCUCUAAUUACCAGAAUAGAAAGACCUACCAUUUCUAACUCAGAAUGAGGGUAACUUCAAAAUAGGAGGGUUAGAUUGGCGGGUUUUUUUGGCUAUAUUUCGAAAUUCUUCUAAAUUGCCUGAUUCUUACAAAGACUGGCACUUAAAUGAUUAGUUCUUAAUUGAUAAAUAUCUAUCUCAUUAUGAUAAACAAUGUUUGAGAGAUGGUUUAAUGAAAUGUCUUAAAGGUCUUUUUAAAGCUGGUGUUUACAGAAAUGAGAUCAGUUUUUAAAAGCAUAACUUAUUUUGAGAAUGUCUUCCCUGAAUACUAUCUCUUUGUCUUCAAUAAGAUAAUCAAGAUUGUAACAAAAAUUUAUUUUGUCAUUGAAUGAUAUAUUUUCUUUUGAUAGUCUUUUUGUAUCUCAGAAAUAACCAUAAGUUUUUUUUGUAUCUCAGAAAUAACCAUAAAACUGAUAAGAAUAAAGCUACCACACAUUCUUUUGUUUAAUUGGUUGACAACCAAGAAUAUAAAAGUAAAUUUUAUUAUUAAAAAUUAAAAAUGCACCCAUUUUUUCAGGAUUAAUAGUCAUUUUUGAGAUAGCUGAUAGGAAUAUCAGGAACUACCUUGAUGCUGUUUAAUUUGCUUGUAUAUUUUUCUUUUUUCUUUUUAUGGUGGAGGAUAUCUCAUAUCUUGUACUUGCAAUAUACUCAAACAUGAAGAUGUAAAAAAAUAUUUUCCAAGCUUUAAAUUCGACCAGAUACUAAAAUAUUUUAAGAAUAUGUUUGAAAUAUGAUUUGAUCAAAUUGAUACUCAAAACUGCCUUUCACAAUUAAAUUGUCCGUCCUUAUCAUUUUAAACAAAAUUAAAGAACAAUUAGAGCAUUAAAACAAGUUAUAUUUUUGUAUAAACUUCUUUUAGUACAGUAUAAGAAUAGAUAGCAUGAAAGCAAACCUUCAAAUGUUUUAAAAAUUUUUUUUUUUAAUUAAUUAUAGAUGUAAGGGUAUUUGAAGGGAUUUUGUUAUUUAUUUGGUAUUUUAUCUAAUGUUUUUAUUUGUCAUAAAUAUGCCAUUCUUAAUUUGAAAACUUAACCAAGUAAAAGAAAAGCCUUUGGUAUGAGGUUUAUGUUGAAUAAAAUGUUUAUCAUUCAUUCUUGUUCAUUAUCAGAGCUGAGAUUAAUUUUUCAGUUUGCAUUUAUAGGUAUUCAGCAAGGCUGCAAUGAAUGAUACUGAAUUAAAUUACCCCUAACUUUGAUAUACAGUACUGUUUAUGCAAUGUAUUAUGUAAAAAAAAUUAAGUUUGGACAGGAAAGAUCUUUUCAAAGAAUAAAUUGUACAUAAGAAAAAAAAACAUUUAUCAGUAUAUACCAGUAUUUUAAAUAAAAAGGGUUAAAUAAUUUCUGAUUAAUCAAAAAUAUUGCAUUAAGUUAAAGUAAACAACGAAUUAUUUCCUUUUAAUCAAUGUUUUAUGUCUAGUGUAUAUUAUUGUAGCAAAGAAAAGUAAUUGAUUGCCAUAUUUUAAUUCAAUUAUGAAUUUUUCAUAUUUUAAAAAUAUUUAACAAGUAUUAUUAUAUAAAUUGGUACAUGUACUUAAUUUAAUAUUAAAAUAAAUAUUAUAAAUUAUUAUGAAUGUAUACAAAUCAUGUUUAAAUGAUUGCACUGUGCUCAAUGAUUACAUAUUUUGAAUGAAAAUAAAUGACUUUUUAAUGUUG